AUGUGUUUCUAUAGACUUGUGUGUGCGCACACACGUGCUUUAGCUGUGCUUGUGAGGAGCCCCCCGAGUUUCCUGGAGGGGAGCUCGGCCCGGGUGCCUCGCUCCUCGUCGCCCGCCUCGGGCACCGACAGGGACUCGCCGGAGCCGCUGCUCAAGGCGGACGCGGAGCACAAGGAGCUGGACUCCAAGAGCGCCGACGAGAUCGUGCUCGAGGAGAGCGACUCGGAGGAGGGCAAGAAGGAGGGCGGCGGCGGCGAGGACUGGAAGAAGCGCGAGGAGAGCCCCGAGAAGAAGCCGUGCCGCAAGAAGAAGACGCGCACGGUGUUCAGCCGCAGCCAGGUCUUCCAGCUCGAGUCCACCUUCGACGUGAAGCGCUACCUGAGCAGCUCCGAGCGCGCCGGCCUCGCCGCCUCGCUGCACCUCACCGAGACGCAGGUGAAGAUCUGGUUCCAGAACCGCCGCAACAAGUGGAAAAGACAGCUGGCCGCCGACCUGGAGGCGGCCAAUAUCUCUCACUCGGCCCAAAGGAUAGUGCGGGUGCCCAUCCUCUACCACGAGAACUCGCCGGCGAGCGCCCUGGGCUUCGCCUUGCCUCAUAUGUCGCCCCCCUUGGUGGGCUUUUCUAAUGCCGUCACCUACCCCUUGGGCACCUUCCCCGCCGCCUCGCUGCCCUUCCUACGGUCGCAGAUGACAGGACUCGUCUGA